AUGGCAGAGGCCGCCUUCUUUGCCAGUUACGUCUGUGUAAAUUCCAACAACUCAAAAAACCCCUCUUCUUCCACCCACAACCAGAGAACAGUAAAUGGACCUUCCAAGACACCGUCUGUGAAGCACAAAGUGUUGGUCAAGAAGUCACACCGGACCUCGAAGUCGAUUUCUUCAAAACACGCCAUCUACACCGACCUCCAGUCCUCGGCAUCGAGUCUCAGUUCCAACAUCACCACCUCGCUCACCACCACCACCAGCUCCCAAUCCACCGAGAAAGAGCUACACGAUCGCAUGUUUCUCCCAUCAUCCACCACGCCCCUACCCGAUUACAAGCACGCUGCCAACCAAUCCUCGAAAACCCGCGCUCAAGCACAAGCUCGUGCCCAGGCCAACCGCACCUCGUCCUCCACCGGCAGCUCGCGAAGCAAACAUGCCAACUCGAUAGCAGAAUCGCAUGCUGCGGCGGCAGCCAGGGGCGAUGCGGCCGGCCGGUCGAGCAGCAUCUCCAGCAAUACGGCAUCAAGUGGGCUGACGCAAGUCACCUCGAGCGAAGCCCCUCCCCCAGAUGUGCAACUCACAAACCCAUUUGCCCGAAAAAAUGGCAGACGGUACCUACGAGACACGACAUUACCAUAUCCGCUUCCCUGCGACCUGACCGAGAUACAUAGACAGACGCUGAGGACGAUGUUGUUAUGUCAAGUGUUCAAUGGGCCGAUCUGCUCGCCUGCAUUCGACAGCAAGCCACCGAAACGCGUCUUGGAGGUUGGUUGUGGAACGGGAUUUUGGAGCGUCAUGUGUCACAGGCAUUUUUCCCAGCGGGGGUUCUCAUCGAUAGCGUUUACGGGCAUUGAUAUUGCACCGCUGGCACCGAGAAUGGAAUCGGAUGACGAUAUGAAUUGGCGGUUUAUACAGCACGAUCUACGUCGGACACCAUUGCCACUACGCGAUGAUGAAUUCAACUUGAUCAUGAUCAAGGACAUGAGUUUGAUUAUGCCUACAGGGGCAAUGCUACAGGCGCUGAUGGACGAAUAUUUACGGGUCUUGAAGCCAGGCGGAACAUUGGAAAUAUGGGACGGUGAUCAUGCAUUACGAAUGUUACUACCACAUACUCCGCCAUCAACGAAGGAAUCACCAGACGACAGCGAGGACGAAGAACAACUCCAUACGAAUGCGAUGGGGACAUAUACGUUGACACCACAAACACCUUUGGCCACAGCCCAAAACCAAUACCUAGCGGAUUAUAAUACAUGGAUGACGAAGUCUCUAGAACUGAGAAAAUUAACACCCAUGCCCUGCACCACCAUGCGAGCCAUGCUCCUCCAAGAAUCAGAAGAUCUCGUCGAGAUAGAUCAGAGGCGACUCGCGAUUCCUUUAGGCGAAGUACGAUGGGAGAGGGAAGGAGUCGGUGGUACCGUCACCCAAGGAGCCAACGCAAAGGGCAAAUCCAAAGAAUCGGAUCGAAAAAUCCUGACGGCGGGUCAAGCAGCUUUACGGAGGACAGCGCUCCUAACAGUAGUCCAGAUGAUCGAAAGUCUCGAGCCCAUGCUGAAAGAGGCGAGCGGAAAGGGCCAGGACGAGUGGGAUCGCUGGCAGGGGAACAUGAUGAAUGAUCUGCUCAAGAACAACGGCACGUCUUGGGGUGAGUGUCUCGAGGUUGGAGCGUGGUGGGCACGGAAGAAAAAACCGUCCGCUUGA